AUGCGCACAGUGUAUCUCGGGAAUCUGCCAUCACUGACGACGUACGAGGACGUAAUCAACCUUGUCAGGGGCGGGGCCCUUGAACAAGUGAAGAUCUUGGAAGAGAAGAACUGCGCGUUCAUCACAUUCGUCGAAUCGUCCGCUGCCCAUGCAUUCCAUCUGGAGUGCCAAAACAAACGACCUCAUCUGCAGACAUCGGAACUGAAAGUUGGAUGGGGAAAGCACACCCCGAUACCUCCCGCUAUCCUCGCGGCAGUACAAGGUGGCGCAUCUCGGAAUGUUUUCCUGGGGAACAUCGAUGAGAGCGUUACAGAUACGGUGCUGCAUCAAGAGUUCGGGAAGUUUGGGCCGAUCGACCAAGUCAAGAUCCUCCCCGAUAAACGCAUCGCGUUCGUACACAUGGCAUCCAUUGUCGCUGCCAUGAAGGCCGUGCAGAACCUGCCGAAUGAGCCACGGUGGGCUACCCGGAGAGUGAACUACGGAAAGGACCGAUGCGCGUAUCAGCCGAAGGGCCCCGGAAGCACACGCCCAUCGCCGCCUACGACCCCAGGAGGCCUUGUGUAUGCAGGAGCAACGAGUUUCGGACACGGGAUGGGUGUUGGGUAUGGAAUGGGAUACAAUGACCCAUUCAGCGGUCUGAGCGGAGGCGCUACCAACCGAACGGUGUACCUGGGUAGCAUACACCCUGAUGUAACAACGAAAGACCUGUGUGAUGUCAUCCGUGGCGGAAUCCUCCAAAAUAUUAAGUACAUGCCGGACAAGAACAUUGCUUUCGUGACGUUCAUCGACCCCUCCGCUGCGGUGAACUUCUACAACCGCGGCAACUACGAAGGCCUCGUUCUGAAAGGCAAGCGAUUGAAGGUUGGAUGGGGCAAGCCGAGCGCUCUGCCACCUGGAGUGGCAACAGCGGUCCAGUCGGGAGCUUCGCGCAACGUGUACAUAGGGGCAAUCGACGAAUCCAUCUCUGAAGACCGCCUGCGGAAGGACUUUUCCGAGUUUGGCGACAUCGAACUGAUCAACAUCAUAGCCGACAAGAACAUUGGUUUCGUCAACUUUGUCGACCUCACCAGCGCCGUCAAAGCCGUCGAAGCAUUAAAAUCGGACGACUCCAAAGGCUACGGCCAAUACCGAAUCAACUUUGGCAAGGACCGCUGCGGAAACCCUCCUCGACCACCAAGAGAGAGCGCAGCGCAACGCGCCGCUGCGGUCGCUGCUGCUGCCGCGGCCGGAGACAAUGUCCCCAUGAAUGGCCCCAUGGGCGUUGACGCCUUUGGAGCCGGGGGAAUGGUGCAACACGUCGACAGUAUGAGUUCGAUGGAUGAGUCCGAGCAUUUGGCUGGCCUGCUCGGUAACAACACCAACUACCUCUGA